CUUACAGCAGUUAGAGUGAGUUUCCCUUCGAGUCAAGUCGCGCUCGUUAAUAAGGAGCCAGUGAAACUGUAAUUGUAAUUCAACCGUCGUUCUAGGGAGGAUAUCAGAAUGAGCAACGAACACUCCGAUCUUAAAUUUUCUCGAUCUUCUUCAAGCCUCGAUCAUAACGUCUUGCUGAUGAAUCAGGGAUCAUUAGUCGCCGCUAAUGAAGAUCAUUCAGCUGACGUUGUGGCUUCACCAGUCCAUCCAAUAAUGGAUCCCAACGAGAAUCCGACUGAUAACUCGAUGACAGCAACAGCAUUGGUGCUUGGUUUGGGAUCAGCUGUGCUCUUUCUUUUGUUAGUGGUCUACGUCGUUGUGAAAGUUCAUUUUUGUAAAAAACAAACAUCGAAGAAAAAAAUGUCAACUCCAAGCCACGAGACAAUAAUAAAGAGUUCACCUCUUCCAACUGUUUCAUCUAUUAUUCAAAAUCAAAAUACAUUUUCCUUAAACAAUGACUCGACUUCACAUUCAGUUGACAAUGCAAAUCAGCAAUCAGGACUGGAUAUCUAUCGGAUUCACUCGUUAGGGUUCAGUAGCCAAUCUCCUCCUGAACCAACGCUAACGGAUAAUGCGACUCAGGCUCGUUUGACCGGAGCUAGAUUUUUGCCGGGAAAUUAACCAACGACAAUAUAAACGAACGUUUCAAGAUUAUGAUGACAACAAUUAAACAUGCAUUUUUAGUAAACGCUGUGUAAAUAGUUACGAUUUAUUUCCGUGUCGGUAAAAAUGGUUUACUAAUCUACUUCUAGUGCUAAGUACUAUGUUAAAGGGUUUGAAAGAAACGUUAUAUUUAAACAUAUGAGUACGGCUAAAUUUUGUAAUCUUAUCUUAUCAUUCUUAGAAGCAAAAAAUAGUUUUUCCAUUAAUUAAUAGAAGUAGUUUUAAAACCUUAGUAAACAUUGCUAACGUUUCUAGUGUCCACUUCACAUUCAUUCAAUAUUCAUAAACGGAUUGGGGAAAAACACGCGACUCAAAUUUUUUUUUUGUCGUUUUACAGGAUGUAAGCCAACAUAAUUUUCUCACACAAGGAAAAAUUUACAAAAUUUUGAAUAAAAUACUACCGUGAGUUUCCUCAUAAUGUAAUAGCUAAAACCUCAUGAAACGCCUAUUAUUAUUGAGGCCUUUCAGGUUUGAUCCACUACUGCGCAAUCGGAUUCUGCAGAAGUUAAUUUAUACAUUAGUCAAAAUGUUUAUUUACAUAACAAUCAUAACGUUUUCACUUUUUUGAGAAAAUCUGUUCAAGUUAUCAGGUGACAAAUGAUGGUUCGUGAAAUGUGUAGGAAGGAAAAAUGAGACCGGUGCGCUCAUUACGUAAUCCAUAAUAUCGUGAUCUAUAGUUUUAACAGAUUGUAAUUCACUGAAUUUCACAACAAAGACAAAGGAAAGACAAGGGCGACAUAAAUGAUAAUGAAUAUUCAACGACAGCAACGGCUUACAUAAUAAUUAACUGAGCUUACGGUCGAUUACAGUUUUCCGUAUUCUUUGGGCAUAUAUAUAAUUUUUUUACUAAGAAUAAAAAGCCCGACGGCUUUUUCCCGUUUGAAUGGUGUUAUUUGCUUAGUAUUUAAUUUUGACAAAUGCAAUUUAAACGGGAGAGGAAAACCAAAAUUUUAAUUAACUUCAGAUGAGGUUACGUUCAGUUCUGACUACAGACUUUGGCACUCGCUAGCACGAUGUUUGUUUUUUGUUUAAGCAACGGUGUUUCAUGUAGGGAAACCGAUUGCCUUCCACACUAGUUUCUUUAACCG